AGCUUCAAAUGAUUCAAUUACUCACGUCAUCACAAAGACAUUAAAUAAGUGCUGAAAAUUGUAGCUCCUGCGUGCAGUAUUAAACAAUAUUGAGAAGUUAUAGUGGAUCUUACAGUGGAUUCCAGAAAAUGCUCUUCCUGUAGGACUCUGAACAAACAAACUCUGAGAACAAAUUAUUGUUAUUUUAUACUGGUAAAGUCUGCAAGUGCCCAUGUUUAUGCUAGUUUUGAUGGAGAGAACAUUGGAAACUGUCCAUUUUGCCAACGCUUAUUCAUGGUUUUGUGGCUGAAAGGGGUUAAAUUCAACGUAACAACAGUGGAUAUGAAAAAGAGACCUGCAGAAUUGCUUCACCUAGCUCCAGGCACCAAUCCACCAUUUCUUAUUUUCAAUGGGGAAUUAAAAACUGAUUUCAUCAAGAUUGAAGAGUUUCUUGAAGAGACGUUGGCUCCACCCAGUUACCCACAUCUCACACCACGUCAACCAGAAUCGUAUCAUGCUGGCAGUGAUGUCUUUGCCAAGUUUUCAGCAUACAUCAAGAACACAAGUAAAGUCGCCAAUGAAAAAUUUGAAACUGCUUUGCUGAAGGAGCUGAAAAGAUUGGACAUCUACCUGAAAGAACCUCUUCCUGAUGAAAUUGAUGCCAACAGCACAGAGACAGUUCUUGUCUCCAAAAGAAAAUACCUCGAUGGAAAUGAGCUCACACUGGCCGACUGCAACCUGCUACCUAAGCUUCAUAUUAUCAAGGUGGCUGCCAAGAAAUACCGGAAUUUUGAAAUUCCUAAAGAAAUGUCUUCUCUCUGGCGUUAUCUGAAAAAUGCAUAUGAGCGAAGCGAGUUCAAGUGUACCUGUCCAUCCAUUGAAGAGAUUGAAAGGGCCUAUGCCGAUAUUGCCAAAGAAAUGCAAUGACAAUAACUGACUCACAUUGUACAGCAAAAUCCCAGUGUAUGGAAGUACCCAAUUGUAUUCUUUGAAUAGAGAAGUAUGAUAGAAAUCUAUUUCACUUUCAAGCGUUGAUAGCCCACUUCUAGCGAGAUGCCUGUUAAAUGCAGCUUGGUCACUUUAAUGUUAAAAGCACCUAUCCUAUACCCUGGAUCGUCUACUUAUAAAACUAUAUUUUGGAGGAACUUAUUAAAUUUAUUUUGUUACAAAUGCAGAAUAUUUAAAAAAGAAAAACAUAGAAAGAGGAACAGCUGUUGACUUGAGUCUGAUACCAGCCUGAAAUGUCCCUCACUAAAUAUAUUUAUCCUUGAGGUUUAUCUGUUUACCUGCAGUUAGAUCUUUUGGUCUUAAGACCACAUAGUUCUCCUUUAACAUUAGUAUAAUACAAUUUUAUUACACAGUAUGUGCCUGCAAUCAUAAAACAUACUGUACCUAUCUAUUUAACUAUAAACAACCUAUAGGGGGUUAAUAGUUUGGUUUGGACAAAGUAAAAUAAAAUUGUAUCAUUUACAGCUAAUUUCAGACAAAAUUGCACAUUAUUAAUUCACUGGAAUCUAUAGCUGCAAUUGUGGGAGGCUGAUCUGAGACCCUCUAACUCUCAAGGAUACCUUCUUAUGCAUUGGAGAAAUCUGAUCCCCAUUCCUUUUUUUAUUUUCAUUGGAUGGGGGUUUAACUGUCAAUGUCAGCAUUUACUGUCCAUCCUUAAUAGUAAUGACUUAAUGAAUUUAAAUUCCUCACGUGCUAUAUCAGAACUUAAAAUCACAACUAUAGAUUUCUGGUCCAAAAUUAGUUUCCUUUCCAGUAACUUAACUGCUACACCCUUUAGCCAAUACACACAACGCUAUUAUUAUAUUUUUGCUUGUUAGUAGCUUCAAAAUACUUCAACAACCGGCAUGAACAGGAUAUCUUUACACAACACAGUAAUGAAAAUGUCUAUACUAAGAUUUAAUCGUAAUUUUUUCACUGUGACAGUCCCUCAAACUGACUGUUUAAUUCAUGCACUUAAAAUUAAUUAUCAUGUUGGAAAAAGGAUCAGUCAUGAGAAACUGAAGUAGGAAAUGUUAAAAAUGUCUCUUUAUUAAUGUAAACUGGUUAAACAUCUUUGUCCGCUCUUUGUUUCCUUGGUGUCUAUUCUAAAGGCUGAUCAAGGCAGAGUUGCUAAUGAACCAUGCACUUCAAAAUACCACCCAGUAGUAUCAGUGGACAACCAUGCAAUAUUCUCCCCUGAAGAAUACAGUUUUCCUAUCCCCGUAUCUCCAAAUCAGUGCUCUAUAAUGUGGGAUGAUGAGAUCAUUGUUGAAUACUAACUGGUCUUUAUUGACUAUGCCAGCCUUUGUCCCUCCUACCUAACCAAUCUUUCUGCAAAGCAAUAAAUUUCACAACUGAUAUAAGUGACAAUAAACCCUAUUCUUUUUCUGAUUCUGAAAUCCCGGCUCGACA